AUGUUCUCUGGACUUGUCCUUCUCGCGGCUCUGUGCAUGGGACCCUCGCGGACUGUUCUUGACACCCUGUCUAAUCUACCUUCGUCGUCGCUCUUUGCCACCCUCUUCGACCCGCCGACCUCUGGUUUCCUAACGCCUCGAGAUCCCAAUCGCGGCUGGUCCCCGAUCAUGGCUUCAUCUUCGCCCAUAGACCCGGCCACGCGUAAGAGGGUACUCAAGGUCAUUGCCGUGUCGCUUCUCCUCGAUCUGAUCUCCUUCACCUUCAUCCUGCCUCUUUUUCCGAAAUUGCUCGAGUUCUACCGCGAUCGCGAGGCGCCUUCCACCAUAUCCGGCAACCCACAGACGCUCCUACAGAAUGUCAUUACCUACUUGAACAAAUAUAAGGCGUCCUUCUCGCGCCCUAUCGACUCUCGCUACGACAUUGUCCUGCUCGGCGGUGCCCUGGGCAGCCUCUUCUCACUCUUGCAAGCCGUCGCAUCUCCCAUCAUUGGCCACCUCUCCGACCGCCAUGGCCGCCGGACCGCCCUGCUCGCGUCCAUGAUGGGCAACAUAGUUUCUGUCCUUCUCUGGGUGUGCGCGGUGGACUUUCGCACGUUUGUCGCCUCGCGCGUCGUCGGCGGCCUGUCCGAGGGCAACGUCCAGCUCGCGACGGCCAUGGCGACCGACAUUUCGGAUGACGCUUCGCGAGGCUCGACCAUGGCGCUUAUCGGCGCGUGCUUUAGCAUCGCCUUCACCUUUGGGCCCCGGGCCUCGGGCGCCCUGGCUCAGCACCAUCUCCACCGUCCGCGAAAAACCCCUUGCCACCGCCGCCGGCGUGAGCCUCGCGGCUCAUCGUCACGGAGACGCAGCUUCGAGGCUGGCGAGGGCGAGCGCGGCGGCAAGCUGGGCAUUCUGCGCAGCUGGGGCCAGCUGGGUCGCGGGCUCGGCCCCAUUCUCUUCACGAGCGUGUACUGGUGGGCCGGCCGCGAGAUGGCGUACGGCAUGGGCGCUGCCGGCAUCACUGUCGUGGCCGUCGCUGUGUUUUCUGGCCUGAAGACGCCGCCGGGGUCGGUCAAGGCCAAGGUGCCGAAGGAGAAGAAGGAGCUGUAG